AUGAGCCGAGUAGGUGCGGUUCGCGCCUCCCGUUUCGCACGCGCACUACCACAUACGCCCGUCAACCAUUUCCUGCGCACCACAAAAUCCCUGCUCGCCUCAGGAGGCCUCGAUAACGAAGACAUUGUCUACAUCAUCACCUCUCGGACCACCACGCUCGAUCAGGCGGUAGCCGCAAUCAGCCUCGCCUACCUACAGCAGCACCUCGACACAAGCCAGCACACGCAGCGUCGAUACGUGCCCGUGCUAUCAGCCGCUCGCCACGCAUGUUUGAACGACGACCUGCCAGAGCUAGCUCUUGCCUUGCAAGCAGCACUCAUCGCCGAGCACAAUGUAAUCUUUCAAGAUGACCAAGUGUACAACGCGCUAGAUGCAUACACGUCUAAGAAAAGGGUAGUGCUUGUAGGCGGCGCAGCAGAACAGAACGGGGAGGAAGCGUGGUCAGAGUGGUUGGAGUUGCACGGCGCACAGUUAUUCGGCGUGGUAGAUACCGAGAAUACGCUGCCCACGCAGAUGCAUGAUGAAAACGGCAGCCUCAACGAGAGGUUGAACCUGGCACUCUUGCCUCGUCCUCAGCCGGUGAGCGGUGGUGGAGAAGCCGAGCCUAGCCUGACUUCUCUCGUCGCCAUGUGGGCCAAACAGCAACUUGUCGAAAGUGGAGCAUCAACAACAUGCUCGCAGAUCGUGACAAGGGAGCUGGCAGAUCUCAUGCUGGCAGCCAUCCUGCUCGAGACCGAUAACCUCACGCAAUCCAAGACAAAUUCGGUAGACCUUGGUGCUGUCGGCUGGCUCAACCCGCGCUCGUCGUUUCAACUUCAAGACGAGGAUCAUGCGACAGCCGCACUAGAAGACGCGCAAGAAUCCGACCUGAAUGACGAUGAGGCGAAUACACCCAACUACGAUGCAUUCGUGCCGACGUUCCCGGACCUGGAUUCCAUGUAUCGUGCUUUGCGCGGCGCUUCUCGUCUAUCGACAACUGCAAAGCCCGCGGUAGUGGUCGGUGCACAGGUUCCUGUUGCAGGUCUUGAGCUCGGUCAUGCUUCCCCGCAUCAUUUUCAAUGGAAUCUGAUCACCAACACGCUCGCCAACCUUGACCAACAGCAACGAGCUGGCGUCCCAGAUUUCGUCCACAAAACCAUUGUUGGUGAUUUUGCCACUGUGCUUACGUCGGACUUGGCGUCUCGACUGCUCAAACCGAUCGGCACACAGCUUGCGCAGAACCUGAGCAGCAAUGGCAGUACCGCAUUCGACCUACUCGCGAUUCAAAAACACAUCAACGCCGUAGUGGCGACCCAAGCUACGAGCGAAUUGCAGAGGUACGAAAUCCUCUGUAUAGCCGUCUGUGCUCUGCAUGCGUUUGUGCAGAUCAACUGGACGGGCCCGGAAUUGCCAGAGUCUCUGGAUCCAGUCUCUCUACUACGAGCAUCUUCGCCAGACGCCUUCGCUCCUCGACCGCUCGACACGGACGCCGAGGAAAAGGCCAACCUAGCCACCAACAAGUUGAUCCACAGUGCAUCACUCGAAGCGCUCGCAUUCAAGGGCGAACCCGCCUACCAUCUGUGUCAGGUGCCCUUCUUCCUAGUCUUGUCCAAACUCGUGAUCGACGCACUCUGGUCGGCUCAAGCCCCAAACCAACCAGAUGGCAAUACGGCCAAAGUACACGUCGAGACGCUAGCUUGGUGGAGGUUGCGUGUGUUCACAGUGCAUAGCCACGUGCUCGACCAAGCUGUAGCGUUUGGUAACAAGGUAUUUGAGCCGGUCAACAAGUUGUGCGAUGUCCUGGCAGCUCGUGCUGCUGCCACUGGGAAGCCUGCCAAUGCGGCAGACGCCAAGAAGAGCGAGUGGGCCUCGCUCUCGUCGCGUCUUAUUCUGGAGCGCGGAAUUGCGCUGCAAAGGCUAGGAAGCGACAGGGAGGCGUCCGAGACGUUUGUCAACGCGGCCAAGGAGAAUGGGUUGAGGUACCGCAUGUCGGGUGCGCUCGGUAAGAGGACCAAGUUUCAAAAAGAGGACAAGACACAAUUGGUGCUGUUGGCCAAGAGCGUCGUUGCGGAUGGUGGUAAGGAAGACGAAGAGGACGAGAUAUCAGAGAAACAGCCAGAACAGGCUGGCGCCCAUGUGGAGAAGCAAGAGGAGUUGCAGACGGGUUUCGCCGCCAAGGCCAACGCUGAGGAUCAAGUGGCGGGUAUGCCGUCAACGUACGCUCUCAACGACGAUACGCUUCUCGAACAGACCAAGUUCACGUCGACUACGGCUGGCAGCAACGCGGCCUGCUCUGGUGGUGCUAGCGGUCAGCACGACACCGAUGCCGACCUUUUGGAGCUCGAUCCCAACGCUCAGCCACCGCUAGCGGUCCUGGACCAGUGUACACUGCUGGCGCUCUGCCUCAAUAUUCACAACACCCAAGCUGCGCAUGGCUUGACGGCAAAUCAGAUGCAAAUGUUUAUCGCACGCGUCGUGUCGCAUGCUCGCAACUGGACGGUGCACACCAUGUCGCUUUUGCUACGAGCACGACUGGAAUCCACACGAACACGUACGGUCGAAAGAUCCGUGUUGCAGCUGCAGGCGCUGAUCGAUCAGAUGCCGACCAACGACUCGUCGAUCCAAGAGCGUCUCAAGUUUUUCCACGCGCUUGAUCUGCCUCCCAAGUGGGAGAUGCAGGCGGAGCUCGCUCGUCGCUAUGCUAGUAUCGGUGUCACACGAUCCGCCUUGGAGAUCUUUGAACGCAUCGAGAUGUGGGAAGAGGUGGUGCAGUGUUUAGGCAUGCUUGGCCGACAGCAGGAAGCAGUCGAGGUGGUCAGCGAGCUUCUGGAGGGCAAAAAGGUCGAGGCUGAUGUCGACGUGGCCGUGCGCCGAAGACGAGAUGCACAGCUCGACAGCCAGAGCGAAGCGCAACAGAUCAUGUAUCGGCGCAUGGAUCGCGCACGAGAGGCCAAGCUGUGGUGCCUGUUGGGUGAUCUCGAGCCCGCCUCUGCGCUGGCGCACUAUUCCAAAGCAUGGCAAGUAUCCGCGUCGUCUUCGGCACGUGCUGCUCGGAGUCUGGGCGGUGUGUACUUCACUAGUCAAGAUUUUGGCCAGGCGAGCAAGUGGCUAAGGUACGCGCUCAAGAUCAAUCCUCUGUAUACGAGGAGUUGGUUCAUACUCGGUUGUUGUUACAUGCGACUCGAAAAGUGGAACGAGGGUGCACAGUGUUUCCGGCGUUGCACGGCGCUGGACGAUGAAGAUAUGGAGAGUUGGAACAAUCUGGCGAGCUGCUACCUGCGGAUGGUGGAAAGUGCGGACGCGGAUGCAGAUGCGGAUGCAGGUGCGGCAGGGAUCGAGAGGAUAGGAGCACAGGGUGGGCUGCCGGAUAUCCUCGAGGCUGAAGAAGAAGCGGAUAGGGUGUGGGACGAUGGUGCUGGCGCAGCGUACGAUGACGAUGAGGAAGGGCAGAGCGACUGGAGUGGCAGUUGGCAAUCCGAUUCCGGUGUCGAAGUGUCUUCGAGCGAUGAAACGGAUGCCAGCUCGCUCGCUGACGACAGCGAUGCCGAGACCGAGGUGGGACUUCGUAACCCGGGCCAAGUGUCGAGCUCGCCACGCUCGCCCCGCUCGCGACGUGGCUUGGGUGGCUCGAGGACGACGGCCUACUCUCUGAAACUGCUCGCGCACCGUUCGCUACAACAAUCGCUCCGAUUCGCACACGACAACUGGCGCGUGUGGUACAACUACAUGGUUGUGUGCGUUGACGUUGGCUACCUGCUCGAAGCAACGCGCGCCAUGGUGCGCGUAACCGAGAUCCAAACGCGCAACAAGACCAACGACGCCGAACGAGCCCAGAGCGUCGACGUUGGUGUGCUAGCUCGACUCGUGGACGCGGUGACGCGAACGCCAAAAGCGACGUUGGAAGCGGAAGCGCUGCAUGCGCAACAGACGUACGAAUCGGCGUUGGCGCAACACUGCAAUGACGCAGGCGCAGGCUUAGCUGCACCGGUGGCGCCGAAACUCGACCCGAAUUCAGGUCUCGGCCUGUUCCCCGCCGUACAGCGCUUGUUUGACGAAACGCUGCUGCCGCGCAUCUCAACGAGCAGCAGCAUCUGGAAGCUCUACUCUCGCCUGCUGCUGUGGAACGGCCAACGCCAACGUGCGGUCCAACAUGCUCUGGUCGACGCGUACAACUCGGCGCUCACCGAAGCUGAGCAAGCCGAGCUCCAGACGGAUAAACAUGUGUUUCUCGCACUCCUGCACGAUCUCAGCAAUCUGGUGGAUGCAUUGCUCGACUUGGCUGAGCACCAACAGGCCGAGACGGAGCAUCAAGCCAAGAUCGAUGCGCCCGAACCGAGGUUCCAAGCGAGGAGCCUGGUACGAAGCUUUCUAGCCAAGACGAGGGGCAGUUGGGAUCAGGAGGUCGAGUACGAUCAGGCAAAGGAGCUGUUGGAGCAGCUGAAGAACUGA